UCGUCCCCGCACUGUCCGACGGCUUUUUCAAUUUUCUUCAGUCCACCUUCUCCCUCCUUCUGAACUCUUUCUCGCUCUAGAUCAAGCAUUGCCUGCCCUCUCUCUCUAACUGAAAUCUCUUUUUGAAUUCCCGUUCUUGAAAUAGAGCUGAUCUUCUUCUAGAUUCACGCAAUUAACCAUUGUCUCGGAUCCAUUUCUCAGCCCAUCUGUGCCUGUGAUCUAAGAUUUCACAGCCGCAGAGGGUUGCUCUCUCCGGCUGGAUCUAAACGGAGAUGGCGUUGUCGGGGAUGAGAGGUCUCUCCGUCUUUAUCAGUGACAUACGCAAUUGUCAGAACAAAGAGCAGGAAAGGCUCCGGGUCGACAAGGAGCUGGGAAACAUCCGAGCCCGCUUCAAAAACGAAAAGGGUUUGACACCAUAUGAAAAAAAGAAAUAUGUUUGGAAAAUGCUAUACAUAUAUAUGCUUGGAUAUGACGUGGAUUUUGGUCAUAUGGAAGCUGUGUCUCUUAUAUCUGCUCCAAAAUAUCCAGAAAAGCAGGUUGGUUACAUUGUGACAUCAUGUUUACUCAAUGAGAACCAUGACUUUUUGAGACUAGCAAUAAACACCGUGCGCAAUGAUAUUAUUGGUCGGAAUGAAACUUUCCAGUGCCUAGCAUUGACUAUGGUUGGAAAUAUAGGUGGGAGAGAGUUCGCUGAGUCCUUAGCGCCUGAUGUGCAGAAGUUGCUGGUAUCUAGCAGCUGCAGACCACUUGUGAGAAAAAAAGCUGCUCUGUGUUUACUGCGAUUGUAUAGGAAAAAUCCAGAUGUUGUCAAUGUAGAUGGAUGGGCGGAUCGGAUGGCACAACUUAUGGAUGAACGAGAUCUUGGAGUUUUGACAUCUUCUAUGAGUCUUCUUGUUGCAUUAGUAUCUAACAAUCAUGAAGCAUAUUGGAGUUGUCUUCCAAAGUGUGUCAAAGUUUUAGAGCGCCUUGCUAGGAACCAGGAUGUUCCACAAGAAUACACUUACUAUGGUAUCCCAUCUCCCUGGCUUCAGGUAAAAACAAUGAGAGCACUUCAGUAUUUUCCUACCAUUGAAGAUCCAAAUACAAGGAGAUCUUUGUUUGAGGUCUUACAAAGGAUACUGAUGGGCACUGAUGUUGUGAAAAAUGUGAACAAAAACAAUGCAUCCCAUGCUGUUCUUUUUGAAGCACUAGCUCUGGUGAUGCAUCUUGAUGCUGAAAAAGAGAUGAUGUCUCAAUGUGUGGCUCUUCUUGGAAAAUUUAUUGCUGUCCGGGAGCCAAACAUUAGAUAUCUUGGCUUGGAGAAUAUGACAAGAAUGUUGAUGGUUACAGAUGUACAAGAUAUCAUAAAAAGGCAUCAAGCUCAGAUUAUCACCUCAUUGAAAGAUCCUGAUAUCAGUAUUCGGAGGCGUGCUCUUGAUUUACUUUAUGGCAUGUGUGAUGUUUCAAAUGCAAAGGAUAUAGUUGAAGAACUAUUGCAGUAUCUCAGCACAGCUGAAUUUGCAAUGCGAGAGGAAUUAUCACUUAAAGCUGCCAUUCUUGCUGAGAAGUUUGCUCCCGAUCUUUCAUGGUAUGUUGAUGUCAUUCUUCAAUUAAUUGACAAAGCUGGAGAUUUUGUUAGUGAUGACAUCUGGUUUCGUGUGGUGCAAUUUGUCACAAAUAAUGAAGACCUACAGCCUUAUGCUGCAGCAAAAGCUCGAGAGUAUCUUGACAAACCAGCCAUACAUGAGACAAUGGUUAAGGUCAGCGCGUAUAUCCUUGGAGAAUUUGGACACCUUCUGGCAAGAAGACCUGGAUGUAGUCCGAAGGAAUUGUUUAGCAUAAUACAUGAGAAGCUUCCUUCUAUAUCGACUUCAUCUAUUCCCAUUCUUCUUUCAACAUAUGCUAAAAUUCUUAUGCAUGCUCAACCACCAGACCCUGAGUUACAGAAUCAGAUAUGGGCAAUAUUUAACAAAUAUGGGAGUUGCAUUGAUGUUGAAAUACAGCAACGAGCUGUUGAAUAUCUUACAUUGAGUGGUAAAGGUGCAGCUCUGAUGGACAUAUUAGCUGAAAUGCCUAAAUUCCCUGAACGACAGUCUGCAUUGAUAAAAAAAGCUGAAGAUACUGAACUUGAUACGGCGGAACAAAGUGCCAUAAAACUGCGAGCCCAGCAGCAAGCUCAAACAUCAAAUGCUUUGGUUGUGACAGACCAACAACCUGCAAAUGGAACUCCGCCUGUAAACCAACUUGGUCUUGUAAAGAUGCCCAGUAUGAGCAGUACUGUGGACCAUGAGUCAGCAGAUCAGAGAUUAUCCUUGGAAAAUGGGACAUCAAAUAAAGUAGAUUCACAACCUCCUCAAGCAGAUCUGCUUAGUGAUCUCUUGGGUCCAUUAGCUAUUGAAGGUCCUCCUGGUAGCAGUGUCCCGUCUCAGCCAAACACAAAUUCAGGAUUGGAAGGUACUGCAGUUGAAGCCACGGCCAUAGUACCUGCAGGAGAGCAGGCAAACUCUGUGCAGCCAAUUGGAAAUAUUUCAGAAAGAUUUCAUGCUUUGUGCUUGAAGGAUAGUGGCGUUCUUUAUGAGGAUCCUUACAUUCAGAUUGGCAUUAAAGCAGAAUGGAGAGCACAUCAUGGGCGUCUUGUUCUUUUCUUAGGGAACAAGAAUACUUCUCCUCUUGUCUCUGUUCAAGCUAUAAUAUUGCCUCCAUCUCAUUUGAAGAUGGAGCUCUCACUAGUGCCAGAAACUAUACCUCCCCGAGCACAGGUGCAAUGCCCGCUGGAAGUCAUUAAUCUUCACCCGAGCAGGGAUGUGGCUGUUCUUGACUUCUCCUACAAGUUUGGUAACGAUAUGGUCAAUGUCAAACUUCGCCUUCCUGCUGUCCUAAAUAAGUUUCUUCAGCCUCUCUCUGUAUCUGCUGAAGAGUUUUUCCCUCAAUGGAGAUCACUUUCUGGGCCACCCUUGAAGCUUCAAGAAGUGGUUAGAGGUGUUAAACCACUUCCUCUUCUUGAAAUGGCGAAUCUAUUCAAUAGUUACCGCUUGACAAUUUGCCCAGGGCUUGACCCUAAUCCAAACAACCUUGUCGCAAGUACUACAUUCUAUUCAGAAAGUACACGGGCAAUGCUCUGUUUAAUACGAAUUGAAACGGAUCCAGCAGACAGAACCCAGCUACGGAUGACGGUUGCUUCAGGGGAUCCUACCCUAACGUUUGAGUUGAAGGAGUUCACCAAGGAACUGUUAGUCAGUUUGCCCCCGGCAACCCGUGUACCAGCACAAGCAUCUCCAAUGCUUCCUGUGGCUCAACCCGCUGGUGCACCAGCAUCAAACGACCCUGGAGCGAUGCUGGCUGCUCUCCUAUGACAAUAUGAAGCUGAUAGAUUCAUGAGUAUGGUCUUUACACUUGUAAACUUGAUUUACAAACCAGCACCGCCCCUUUUUCCUUCAAGAUAAAUGAGUUGACAAAAAAACCAUAACGUGAGGGCUGGUGGAGUUGAGAGCGAGCUAGUUUGUUACUGGCUGAGUGUUUGGAUGGGGAUUCAUGGGUUGGUCGGCCUUUUUUGGAGAUUCUUUAUGCACAAAGCUUUAGCGAUGAUGUGUCAUUUGGGUGAGGGUUUCGAGUUCUAUUUUUUUGUCCCUUCCCAGUUUUAUUGGCGUGUUUACGGUGCUCGUUAGCAUGUAAGAUAUAUAUUGCCUUGGACAAAACCAGUUGUAACAUUUUGGAUUUGUCAUUUUAAAAUUAUUGUUGCAAUAAUAUCAUGGGGAGAGUACAUAUUCUUGGGCUUUAA